CUCAAAAUCAUCAUUCUCGCUUAAAAAAUAUUAUUAUGAAUUCAUGACAUUCAUGAUAGUAUGACACAUUCAUAUUAUCUCAAGUCUGUCACUUUAGGCUUUGAACGUCUCCCACGCCCCUAUCACCCAACCGUUGGCUUCUACCGGUUCCGUCGGAGCUAAGGAAGAAUUCCCAGACGUUGACGAGGAAAUGGAAGAUUCCGAAGCUUCUGAGCUGAACGAACGACUCAAGAAGGUAUCUGUGAGAGGCAGCCGAGUCGUCCGCGGUUGCCGUCUGACCACCACAAGUAAGCGGAUUCGUCGCAUUCGUAGGUACUCGCACCUAGGCGUACAACUCUACCCAACCACUACUGCUACUGCUGCUGCUGUUGCUUUUCAGCACUCCCCAACGCCGCUCUGUAUCUAUCCCCCCGUCGUGUCGCGCGCUGUGAAGGGCUCAUCAUCGCUAGUUUAG